GGGGAAAAAAAAGGGAAAAGAAAUUAUAAUCAACUCUCUUUCUUGAGCAGCCCCCAUUCAAAUGCCCAAUCCGAUCUGCUUUUUCUGUUUGCGUGCCCAAGUUCUCUAUUUCUAGUAACACCCAUGGAGCAGGGAGCGUCGGAUCGGUAGAUGGGCAUCAGCUCCGACGAAGGCCCCGGCGGAGCGACGCCAGAAUACGAGCGGCAAAGGCGCGUCAGGAUACAGGAGAACCGUGCCAAGCUGGAUGCCCUCGGUCUCCCCGGUCUCUCUGCUUCGCUCCACAGGCAUUCUCCUCUCCCUUCCAAGCACCAGGAACGGAGGGAGAGGACGAAGAAGAAAUCGGCACAAAGAACGGGAUCCCUGGAAGACAACGACGAGGAUUAUCAACCCUCAGACAGCGAUCGAGGCCGAGAAGCAGAAGGCACUGGAGAGAGUUCCUCCGAUGAUGACGAAUGCGAGGAGAAAGAGAAGAAGAAACGCUCACGGAGAAAGGAAAAGCAAAAGGGUUCUUCCAAACUAUCAAAACUGACAAAUAAAACAAAAACAAGAGGGCUGGAUGAAUUGCUUGAUGAUGAUUUUACCUUAAAGCAGGCAAUUGAUCUCUCAAUUGGUGAACGAUUGGUGGAUUCAAGUGAAACUCUCAGUGGAUUCCCUCAAAACUCUGAAACUAUUGUAGCUAGUUCUAGUCUUCAUAAGAAAGACAGCAUUACCAAUUACAGACCUUCUGGAAGGCAAAAGAACAAGAUUGUGAAGAAAAGUCGAAUACAGCUAACUGAAGAUGAAAUGGUUGCUUACUUCUUUACCUUAGAUGAAGUUGGUAAAGGCUACCUCACUCUGCGUGACCUACAUAGAUUGGCCUUAGCUCAUGAUUUUAGUUGGACAGAGGAUGAGCUUUUCAGUAUGAUCCAGUGCUUUGACAGUGACGGAGAUGGAAAGCUAAGUUUGGAAGAUUUUCGAACCAUUGUAUGCCGAUGCAAUAUCUUGCAAGAUGAAGGAAGACCUUGAAUUUGCUGGCCAAUGCAAUAGGAAGGUUGAGCUCGAAAAACAUUGUAAAGAGUUUUGCGGGUAUACUUUCAUGUAGCGGCUUGAACUGGGUUGAUCAUAAGAGUUUGAUCUUCAAUUGGGAGAUGAAGUAUGAGUUCGAUAAUAACUAUCAAAAUGUAUGGUUUGCUAAUGCCCUAGAGGUUUGAUUAAUGUAGACCUUAUAUGCAUAUUAAUUCAAUUGUUUUGUAUGGACAAGUUUGGGAACCCAUUUUAAAUAAUUUUUUAAUAUAAAAA